AUGGCCGACGGGAUCGAGCCUAGCUUCCAGGCCGCCAUCGAUGCUGGCAAGAUCAACGGCGCAGUUAUCUGUGCAACGGACACCGAAGGCGGUUUUGUUUACAACAAGUCUAUUGGCGAGCGUACCCUGCUCUCAGGCGAGAAGCGCCCGCAGCAACUAGAUGAUGUCUUAUUCCUAGCCUCAGCCACCAAGCUAGUCGCCUCCAUCGCCGCCCUGCAGUGCGUCGAUGAUGGCCUGCUAACGCUUACCGGGGACCUAUCGUCCAUUGCACCAGAAUUUGCUGUGCAGCAGGUCAUCACCGGCUUCAACGAUGACGAUACCCCCAAACUCGAGCCGGCAGCGCGACCCAUCACGCUUGAAAUGCUGCUGACCCAUAGUUCCGGCCUAUCCUACCAUUUCUUCAACCCGCUCAUCGCCCGGUGGCGCGAGAAAUUCGCACAGUCUGAUCAAGACAAUCGGCGCCGGGUUGAGGAACUGUUCUGCUACCCGCUCGGCUUCCAACCCGGCGCUGGCUGGAUGUAUGGUCCCGGGCUUGACUGGGCGGGCCGCAUAGUAGAGCGGGUGACAGGUCACACUUUGUUAGAGCGUAUGCAGCAGCGCAUCUUCGACCCGCUUGGCAUCUCCGACGCCCAAUUCUUCCCUGUUACGCGGGAGGACUUGCGCUCCCGCCUGGUCGAUCUUAACCCGCAAGACCCUGAUGCACUCGGUCGCGCCGUGCUCGGCGGCGGAGGGGAUAUGAAUAAGCGCACGAAUGGGGACUUUGGUGGCCAUGGAUUGUUUAUGUCUGGUGCUAGCUAUGUCAAGAUUCUCCACUCUCUACUUGCCAACGACGGCAAAGUACUCAAACCUGCUACCGUCGACGACAUGUUCCAGCACCAUCUUAGCCCCGAAGCGACGGCUAGGCACCAGGCUGAGCUGGUCAGCCCUCAAAAGGGCGUAUUCUUUCGCGUAGGUGUCGACCCCGAAACGAAGAUGGGCUACGGCCUGGGUGGCCUGAUCACGCUGGAAGAUGUGGAUGGCUGGUAUGGUGAACGUACAAUGUCAUGGGGCGGUGGGCUGACCCUCGCCUGGUUUAUCGACCGCAAGAACGACCUUUGCGGUAUGGGUGCUGUCCAGGCCACACAGCCGGUAGACAUCAAGGUGAUGGAAGAGCUGAAGCAGACUUUCCGGAAGGACAUUUACCGCAAGCGUGCAGCGUGGAAAGAGCGUGCAGUAGGAUAA